GACAUGGCCGCUGGAGCUCUCAGACGUGAUCUGUGCAUUGCGCCGAAGAAAUUCUUCUCUGUCUGCCAAUCAAUUAUGAAAUUGUGAUAUUGUGGGUAAAGUGUCUCUGGCAGGAACAACCAUUUGCGUUUUGGAAUCAUUUGUUGGAUGCAACGUGUGUUUUCUCACCGUUUUUCGCCUUUUAUUUUGGUAGUGAAAAUUUGCAUUUAGCAACGUGCGUGGUUAUUCUCAUACUCUCAACUGUGUGUGUGAGGAUUCGAAUCUGCUCUGGAGAGGCAAAAAGAGGAACGACGCAAUAGCGAGACAGACGACACUUUCUCUAGCAUUUCUUUUUUUUCGUGUUUUUGGCAACAAGAAGCAUUUUUCCUUCUCACGCAACACCUUUUCAAUUUUCACGUAAAUUCUUUUCUACGUCAGCUACAAUUUGAAGAAGAAAGACAACCAUGAGACCAAGAAUUGAAAACUCUAUUGGUGACGAUGCAAUGGAGGACUGUGGCUUCCUGAAAUUCACCGAUAAUGAUCUCAAGUCGUCCUUUCUGCAGGCUUUGGCCACCAUGAGAAAGCAUCGGCUCUUCUGUGAUGUGAUUCUCAAUGUUGGCAAUGCCGAUAUUCAUGCUCAUCGAAAUGUCUUGGCAUGCGUUUCGCCGUACUUGAUGGAAUUAUUUAGUGCUGAUCAGCAAACGCAGAAUGGCAGCGGAGAUGGAAGUAUUCCGAGCUACAGGCUGAAUGGCGGCAUGAGUAAGAUUGCUCUGCAGAUUCUCGUGGAUUAUGCAUACACGGCAACGCUGGAGAUUCCGGAUGUGCUGGUGAAGGAUGUCUACUUGGCAGCAUGGAAGCUACGCAUGGAUCGCGUGGUAAGCGAGUGUGCGAAGCACUUGAUAGCUGAACUCACGCCUGAAUCGUGCAUUGAGACGCGCUCUUUGCCGGGCAUCACGAAGAACAAGGCAUUUGUGCUGGAAGUUGAUGAUUUCAUUGCUAAGCAGUUUGCUGAGGUGGAUCAGUCACCGGGAUUCCUGCAACUGCCCUGCGUUCAGAUUGAGGUGUUGUAUCAGACGAAGCAGGAGAUGUCUCUGGUCACGCACAGCUCUCUGGCGCGCCUGGUUCUUGACUGGAUGAAGCGUCAGCUGUCCGAGGAGUCACUCUCGAUGCCCCAUCUGCUGGAGCGCAGUCAUCUGCUCUAUCUGGCACUGGACAACUCCCUUCAGGACUGUUCUGACCUCCCGCCGGGCCAUGAGUCUGAGUCUGAGUUGGUGCAGGACUACAAGCGUCUCGUGCUCAAGUGUCCCAACAACAAAACCAGGCGCAAGUGUUUGGCCGCUCCGAUUCGUCCGCGAGUUCUGAUCUACUCGCGUGACAUUGGUGGCGAUCGCGAAGAGGUUGAGGGCAAUUUUCAGCCUGACUGGACUGUGUUGGGCAGCACGAAAGUCGCUGAGAACACCUUUGUGUCGCUCGUGACGCUGGAUGGCGCACUGACGCGCAUCUCCAUUCAGUUGCGCCUCAAUGUGCCCACGAGUGCAUCGCCCAUUCACACGCCGGAUGCAUUGACGUUCGGGCCCAAGAGUGAGGAUGCGGCGGACGGACCGGAGCUCUUCUGCGAGGUGGCGACCAUGUCGGGGCCUAAGUGUGGCCUAGGUGUUUCCGAACUGGACGGCAAGUUGCUCGUGUGCGGUGGAUAUGAUCGAGGUGAAUGUCUUCGUCUCGUGGAGGCCUACUGUCCGGAUGAGAAUGUGUGGAUCCAGCGUCCGAGCAUGAUUGAGGCUCGCGGACGUGUCCAGAUCGCUGUGAUUGCCGGCACGACGUUCGCUGUGGGCGGCAGCAAUGGCACCACAGAGCUGGACACGGUGGAGUGUCUGCCGGAGGGUGCGUCCAAGUGGCGCAAGUGCUGUCGCCUGCCACUGGCGCGCAGCAAUGCCGGCGUGUGUGCCCUGAACGGCCGUGUGUACUGCAUCGGCGGCUGGAAUGGCCAGAGUGGCAUUCGUCAGUGUGAUGCGCUGGAUAUUGAUGGCGAUCGCUGGGAUAGUGUAUCACCAUUGAACACUGGACGCACACAGGCCGGAGUGUCGGCAUUCAGGGGGAAAUUGUGGGCUGUCGGUGGCAGCGAUGCGUGGAAUUGUCUCUCUUCCUGUGAGGUGUACGACCCUGAGGUGGAUCAGUGGUCAGCGGCGGCUUCUCUCCUCACGGCUCGUCGUGGUUGCGGUUUGGCUGAGUUCAAAGGGCGACUGUAUGCCAUUGGCGGCAGUGAUGGAUCCCAUUCGCUCUCAACCACAGAGAUUUACGAUGAGGAGAACAAAGUUUGGAUUCAAGGACCAAAUCUCACGACACCGCGCUCAAAUGUGUCCGUUGUGGUGGUGAAGGACAAGUUGUAUGCUGUUGGUGGCUUUUCCGGGAAGACAUUCCUCAAUACGAUUGAGUAUUUGGAUCCGAAUACCAAUGAGUGGACGACUUUUGUGGCGCAAACGGGCAACGGCGACGCGCCGCCGGCGCUGGAGAGUGAGACGAAUGGGCGUGUUGAGGUGACAAAUGGCGUAAAUGGCCACAGAGAGGUUGAGGAUCGGCUGGUGAUUGAUGAGAGCGCCGUGGAGAAGAAGUUGUCCAUUGUGUUGGGCUACAACAGCUUCGCGGAGGCCAAGAGUGAGGCUCACAAUGGGGAUGAAAUUGUUAGUAAUUGAGGGGGUGAGUGGGGGUGAAGAGAAAGCCAUAUUUGAUGACAGUGGGAGGGAAAUUUUGCUGAAGGUAAAUCUUAUUUUCAUAUUAGAGAUAAAAAUGCUUGAUAAAAUGUAGUUUUGAGAUAUGAAAGAGAGAGAAAGAGUUUUAUUGAAUGUCGUCAACUAAUCUUAAAGACAACACAUAGAAGGUAACUCUUCGUUAGUUCUUAAGCUCACACAGACACAGUUUUUGAAGAGUUCAACAUAGAAGACAAAACUACUGAGUAACAUUUAAUCUUGGGAAUCAAUUUGCAAUACAAUUUAAGGGCGCGCAUAAUUCCAUAUUCUUCACAAAACCACGUAUUAACUUUUUUUUUUCUUUCUCAUGAAUUUCCUUUUCAAUUAUGGAAAGAUUAAUGUAUUUUACCACCAAGUUGAUGGCCUUUAAUGAGUGUUGAGAGUUGUAGAGAUUGAAGAAAAAAAAGUAAUCUAAUUGAUGAAAAUGUAUGACAUUUUUCUACUUUAUUUUUCACAUCCUCCAGUCGCACACUUUUUCUGGCGAAAAUAUGGAGGAGAAAGACAUGAUAAAAUAAAAAAUACACUUGGAGAAAUCAAACGGGGAAGUGUCAAUAGUUGAGUUGAGGCUGCAAACAGGGAAUUUGUCAAUGAGAUAACGACAUGAUUAUUGUGUGUCUUCAUUGAAUUUGCUGCCAUUUUAAUGUUGUAAUCAAGCGUGAGUCCAUUUUUUAUUGGGAAUUAAACUAUGUUUAGUCCAAAACACGAAAUUUGUAAAAAGUCUUUCUAAUCCACCAAUUUUUGAAAGUUUUCAACUCAAUUAUUGAUAAAAAUUUCUCGUGUUGAUUGUAUUAAUCAUAUUAUAUCUAUAUUAUGAGAAUAUUGAGAGAGGAUAUAAAACUAAAAAAAAAAAUUGUUGAUAACUUUGAAAAGAGAGAAAGAGAAGAAGGAGAAGAGAUAAAACUAUAACUAAACAUUUUACAGCAGUUUAUUCUUGAAUAUUUAAGUAAUAAGAGGGAUACAAAAGAAAAUAAAAAUCAUAGCAAUUUAAAAAGAAGAUGUGAAGAGGACUAUUGUAUUAAUGAAAAAAUAAGAGAUUUAAAGAAAGAAAAAAAAAUUGUAAUUGAGUGAUAAAAGCUCAUAAUUUAUACUCACGAUAUUAAUGUGUGUGAAAUUUAAUUUCAGUCUCACUAUUAAAAUUGUGAUGUUGGGGAUCCAAAAAAUAAAGAAGAAAUAUUAUAUUGAAAAGUUGAUGUGAAAAAGAACAGUAAAAGAGAAACAAAAUAGACUGAGAGGAAUUUAUAAUUUAAAAAUGAAGAAGAAAUAAUGAAAAUAAUAAUGAUGAGGUACAUUUCCAAUUGUAGAGAGAGAGAGAG